CAAACUACCAACGUUGACUAAAACACAAUGUAUGAAAUUUAGGGAAUUUCUUUUUUUAUUUUUACAGAUCCUAAAAAUCCAAUCAUCAACACACGCUUUUCGGUGCAGGCGUUUGUUGGAUUGAUUAUUACUUGUAUUUCAGUAAAAAAAAAUCCCACAUCGUUGUUCAUUCUCUCUUCAAUUUUCUAUGAACAUUCCUUUUUUCUUGUCCAAAUUUAUUUAACAUGUUUUGCCCCUUUUGCAUAAUAAUAAUAAUUGAUUUGAUUAAUCGUGUGAAUGUUUUGUUUUAAUAAUUAGUAGACAAAAGGCAUCAUUUUGCUUCAAUUUUGUUUAGUGUUUCUUUUUUUAUUUUUUUUUUUAUGGACAAUUACACCUUUCCAUUGCAUUUGAGGUGGACGUCCUAUCUUUGUUGAGUGUUGAAUUUCCCCCCCUUUUUUCCGGGCUCUUUCUUCAAGAAAACAUCUAAACAAUAACCCAUUUUGCAAAAUUUGUUCUGUUCUUCUUUUUCUUAAAGAAUUGGGUAUAUAGUAUAUUCAUCAAUUUACAAUUUUUUUGUGGGUGUUUGAGGUGACAGUUGAGGUGAUUAUUUCUGGUUGGAAAUUGGGUGAAUUAUGAUGAUUGGGUUGUUGGGUAUUAAGGUUCUAAAAAUUUGAUCCCUACAAGAAGAAUUUUGGUGUGUAUUGCAUAAUUUGAAGGAGAAUGAAUAUUAGGGUUCUAAGAUUUUGAUCCUUUUGGUGGGUAUUACUCAAUUCUGAUGAUUUGAAGGAGAAUUCUGAAAUGGGGAUUCAUAUUGAAGAGAGAUCAGCAGUAAUUUUUGGUCGUUACACCAAACAAUCUCAUACUUUGAUGUAAAGAAAAAAAAACAGUUCGUUGGUGAGUUGUUAGUUGCUUGUAGAAAUUAAGGUGGCAAAAUUACUUACUUUGUUUAUGUUAUCCAAAUCUGGGAUUCUGGGAUAUUUCAAUGAUGGAGAACAAAAAUAAGAAUAAUACUAGUUCUUCUUAGCUGCCUAAGGUGAAGGAGGAGGAAUUGGUGGUUUGGGGAGUAAUUUAGUUUAUGAUCCUCCCCUUCUUUAGGCAAUGAAGUUCUUAAGCAUAGUUGGGAACUCUUUAGGCUGCUCUGCUUCAGGAGAACGCCUGGUUUCGGCUGCUAGAGAUGGCGAUUUACAGGAAGCCAAGGCGUUAUUGGAGUACAAUCCUCGUCUUGUGAGGUACUCGACUUUUGGUGUUAGGAACUCCCCCUUGCAUUACUCUGCAGCUCAGGGCCACCAUGAGAUUGUUACUCUUCUGCUCGAGACCGGUGUUGAUAUCAAUCUUAGGAAUUAUCGUGGCCAGACUGCUCUGAUGCAAGCAUGUCAGCAUGGUCACUGGGAGGUUGUACAGACUCUGGUUCUUUUCAAAGCCAAUAUUCACAGAGCAGACUAUCUUAAUGGGGGUACUGCUCUUCAUCUAGCUGCUUUGAAUGGGCAUACUCGGUGUAUUAGGCUCCUUCUUGCUGAUUAUAUCCCUAGCAUUCCUGUCACUUGGAAUCUAUUACAAAAGAAAUCUAAAAAUGAAUAUGGAAGCUCAGAGUUUAAUGCAAGUGCCCUUCGCCAAGUAAUCAACAAACCUGCGGAUGGAGGGAUCACAGCACUUCAUAUGGCUGCAUUGAAUGGGCAUUUUGAAACUGUCCAUCUACUUUUGGAUCUUGGAGCUUCUGUUAGUGAAAUAACUGUGGAAGAUGGGACUACAAUUGAUCUCAUAGGUGCAGGAAGCACUCCUCUACAUUAUGCAGCUUGUGGCGGAAAUCAGCAGUGUUGUCAACUUUUGAUUGCAAGAGGUGCCAGUCUGACAGCUGAAAAUGCAAAGGGAUGGAUUCCAUUGAUGGUUGCUCGUUCAUGGCAUAGAGAUUCAAUUCUAGAAAUUCUUUCAACACCUCAAGACAUCCUAUUACCAUCUAUUCCUUCACCUUAUUUGUCUCUUCCUCUGAUGAGCAUUAUCAAAAUUGCAAGAGACUGUGGUUGGCGAAAUUCAGACUUGUUACCAGCAUGCCAAGAUCCUUGUGUGGUCUGUCUUGAAGGGAGGUGCACUGUAGCUUCCGAAGGUUGUGGUCACGAGUUUUGCGCUCGUUGUGCAUUAUACCUUUGCACCAUGAACUGCUCUUCGACUGUUGCCAAAGGUCCUCCAGGCUCAAUCCCAUGUCCUCUAUGCCGUCAUGGCAUUGUCUCAUUUGUCAAACUACCCGGGACAAGAUCCAUACCCAAGGAGAUUGGGAGGACGAGCUUGUCAUUGUCUUUUUGUGGGUGCUCAUAUGAGAAAAACGAGCGUGCCUCUCUGACAAUUCCUCUUUGCAUGCCACCUCCCGUCUCUUCCACCUCCAGCCGAGUCUCCCCUUCAAGUUCCUCAUUCCGUUCUUUGAGCUGUCAAAGAUUUCCAUCAAUGAAACUCAACUCUGGUUUCUGUAUGGGAGGAUCAGAGACUAGUCCUUCUAUCAUUGGAGGGUCCGUGAACCAGAGUUUAAGGAACCAGUUGGGUAGGUGCGGAAGAGUGAGAUUACGUCGAUCAUCUUCUCAUUCCGAAGGCCGGAAAUCUUGGUUUUGUUCUCUCAACCAAUAUGCUGCUGCUAGUAAUUGAUUCAUCCUUCUUUUUGCUGGUUUCUCAUCAGCAUCAAUAUAUUUAGAGCCAAUCGUCAAAGCACGGUCCGCUCAUCCUAGCCUGACACGGCCCAUGUUCAGCUCUAAUCCUUUUUCAUUUUUUCAUAUUUCCUUACAGAGGCAUGUCUUGUGCUCCUUUUUUUUCCCACGUUUCUUGUAUUAGUUGUAUAGAAAUUGAUAUUGUAAUCCCCAAAAUUCUAGAAAAAAUAGAAGGGAAAAUAUAAAAGAUCAUAUAUAUAUACACAUAUGUUGUAAAUACUUGUAUUGAUUACUCCUUAUGUAAAACUUAUACUGUAAGAGACAUAUUGAGCUAUAUAAAAAAAGACAAAAAUUUUGCUGUGUACAAGGCAGAAUUACUUCAAU